AUGCCCACAGAGUGGGAUGUUGCCAUUGUGGAAUCUGGUUACAACCUUUGCCCACCAGUGAAGCCUGGAGAAAAACCUUCAGAAACCGGCGAAGUCCACCAGCGCAAGGAGGUUUGUCGCUGGCCAUGCAGAUGCCCGCCUGUGCCAACCUGCACCCUUGGGGUAAGCUUGGUGAAGGACGGUUGUGGCUGCUGCAAGAUCUGUGCCAAGCAGUCAGGAGAGACCUGCAAUGAAGCAGACAUCUGUGAUCCCCACAAAGGCCUCUACUGCGACUACUCAGAAGACGAGCCUAGGUAUGAAACAGGCGUGUGUGCAUAUCUGGUAGCUGUAGGAUGUGAGCUCAAUGGAGUUUAUUAUCUUAAUGGGCAGACCUUCCAACCUAACCCACUUUACAAGUGCCUGUGUGUCAGUGGUGCAAUUGGAUGUACACCUGUAUUCACACCAAGAUUAGCAGCAAGUCCCUGCACCAGGGUCAUGGGCAGAAAGAAGCCCGGGCAAUCCAUCUGUGGCCCAGGACAGCACAAGCAGCUUCAAUCAACAAACUACAGACUGAUGUCAGCUUACAGAAGCUUACCACUAGUUUUGAAGAAAAAGUGCCUAGUACAGGCAACUCCCUGGACACCCUGUUCCAGGACCUGUGGCAUAGGCAUAUCCAGCAGAGUGACCAACGACAACAGGCAGUGUGAAAUGAAAAAAGAAAAGAGAUUAUGCUACAUCCGGCCUUGUCUGACCAAUACAUUGAAGACAAUAAAGAUUCCAAAAGGAAAAACAUGUCAACCGACAUUCCAGCUUCCUACGGCAGAAAAACUAUUUUUUUCCGGAUGCUCAACUACUCAAAGCUACAAAUUAACUUUCUGCGGGGUGUGCUUGGACAAGAGGUGCUGCAUACCUAAUAAGUCCAAGAUGAUCACUGUACAGUUUGAGUGUCCCAAGGAAGGCUUCUUUAAGUGGAAGAUGAUGUGGAUAACGUCUUGUGUAUGUCAGAGGAUUUGCAGUGCUCCAGGAGAUAUAUUUUCUGAACUCAAAGUUUUAUGA